UUGUAUUAUACCUUUGCCUCAAAACACAAAACAAAACAUAAUGCCGAUUGCCGUGAACGUAUGGGUUAGUUGUGUGUUGUUGUUAUAGGAAGUGCGUUGAGUGAAGUUACUGUAUUUUAUGGAAUGACACCUUUCGUAUUGAAACAUAAUGAUGCAUACCAUUCACAGACAAGUCCAUUUCGUGAGAAGAAUUGUAUCUGACGUUACUCGAGUUUUUAAAAAUACUGCGGUAGCGAAACACCAAGUGUGCCCACACGUGAGAAUUCUGAGUAGUGUACGGUUCAAUAGUUCUACGUUGCACAGUAUACAGAAGAGUGAUAACAUUGAUGGAGAUGCGGCAAGUAUAACAAACGGAAACCCUGAUCUGGAGAAAAAACUUAAAAUUCUUAACUUAGAGAUAGAUGUCUUGCGACAAGAAGGCGCGCAAGUUCCUGAGAACGUGAAUACAGAACAAUGGAAAGAACUAUUAUCGAUGCCAACAAGAAGUAAGAGACUAAAAUACCUGAAGUACCUUUGGAAAAUAGAAAUGAAGGAGUUGAGCAGGCUGAAGAAAAAACAGAUGCGACAACAGGAAAGAUUGAAGGGGUUGGAACGUGCUGGACAAGAAGAGAACUCUCACAUUCAGUACGGUUUAGGCAAAAAUACUUUGUUUUUGCGUGUGUAUGAUACGACCAUAAACCGAUUUUAUAACAGUAGGCUUUUGACCGCUAUGAUGUUUGGUCAGAAGCUUGUGAUGGAUUGUAGUUACGAUUCGCAGAUGGUGAAACGUGAGGCGCAAAAUUGCGCGAAGCAGCUCAUGAUGGCAUUUGCAGAGAAUCGGUUACACGAUGAUCCGUUUGAUUUACAUUUGUGUAAUAUUAACCGCGAAAGUGUAACAAUGCAAGAGUUGCACAAAUUUAUUAACCCGCUGUAUGAAGAUCAUUUUCCACUUAAUUUAACGGAAAAUAGUUACUUGGACUUGUUUCCCAAAGACAAAAUUGUCUAUUUAACACCACAUUGUCGAGAAGAAUUAAUAAAUUACGAUCAUGAAGCUGUCUAUGUUAUAGGCGCCGUAGUUGAUAAAUCAAGUUUAGGCCCUGUUUCCUUAGCAAAAGCCAAACGCGAAGGUGUGAAAAUGGCAAAACUUCCUCUUGACAGGUACCUAACUUGGGGUGCAGGUAGUGGAAAAUCUCUUACAUUGAACCAGAUGAUACAGAUAUUGUUGGAAAUCAAAACAAGCGGAGACUGGGGGAAAGCUUUGUCUUUUGUACCUAGAAGGAAACUGAUUACGACAGCAGAAAGGGAAACAGCUUUUUUAAAAGGAAGGAAUAACUAUGAAUUUAGAAGACCUGUGGAGGUUAGAAAAGCUUGGAAUACAAAGUGAAUAAAUUGCAACUAUUGUUAUUCGCUGCAGUAACACAUCAGAGUUACUACUCUAACUCUUUUUGUACUUGUGAGCUGUGUAACUAUAAGUUGAGUGUUUCAUAUAUUUUUAUACUUUCUGUUCUGUUGGUCUGAUAAGUACUGUUCACAAGCUAGUUAAUCAUACAGAAGAUAUGCAAAAUAAUAAGCUUGGAAUAUAAAAAGAAAUG